GCAGUGUGCACACACUUCCUGAUGGAGCUGCUAAGUAUCAGCGAAGAAUAAUACCGAGCAAGACAGCUUGGCGAGUUGAGAAGAAGUUAUGUCUGGCUGUCCAGUGGACGGGGAGAAGCUUUUUCUAAAGAUGGACGCUAUCCUUCGGCUUCCAGAACAGGAGUAGAGGAUAACAUCCCUAUGUCUACGUCUUGGCACUGCUGACACAUCUACGACGAAGGUAAGUUACUAGCUUAUUUUAGCUAGUAAUGUCUCAAACGUUGCCGCCCUCUGACAUGCUGGAAACACCACCUGGAUAUCCGUUUGAAGAAAUAAACUAUGAGGAUAUUGAAGUUGAAGAGGUGGUGGGAAGAGGAGCUUUUGGAGUUGUCUGCAAAGCCAAGUGGAAAGGCAAAGAUGUUGCGAUAAAGACAAUUGAGAGUGAAUCAGAGAGGAAGGCAUUUAUUGUCGAGCUCAGGCAGCUUUCACGUGUCAACCACCCCAAUAUUGUGAAGUUGUAUGGCUCUUGUAAAAGUCCGGUCUGCCUGGUGAUGGAAUAUGCUGAAGGUGGAUCGUUGUACAAUGUGCUGCAUGGUGCUGAACCCCUCCCUUAUUACACUGCUUCCCAUGCCAUGAGCUGGUGUUAUCAGUGUUCCCAGGGCGUGGCCUAUCUCCAUGGCAUGAAACCAAAGGCUCUCAUUCACAGGGACCUCAAACCACCCAAUCUACUUCUAGUGGCAGGUGGCACAGUGCUGAAGAUCUGUGACUUUGGAACAGCCUGUGAUAUCCAGACCCACAUGACCAACAACAAAGGAAGUGCAGCAUGGAUGGCCCCAGAGGUAUUUGAAGGCAGCAAUUAUAGCGAGAAGUGUGAUGUUUUCAGCUGGGGCAUCAUUCUCUGGGAAGUGAUCACUCGCAGGAAGCCCUUUGAUGAAAUUGGUGGACCAGCUUUUCGCAUUAUGUGGGCUGUUCACAACGGUACAAGACCACCACUCAUCAAGAAUUUGCCUAAACCCAUUGAGAGCCUGAUGACACGCUGCUGGUCUAAAGACCCCUCUCAGCGGCCUUCCAUGGAAGAAAUAGUCAAGAUUAUGACUCAUCUAAUGAAGUACUUCCCAGGAUCAGAUGAACCUCUUCAGUAUCCAUACCAGUAUUCAGAUGAGGCACAGAGCAACUCUGCAAACAGUACAGUUUCAUAUAUGGACUAUACUGGGACCAGCACAAGCAACAGAAGUGAUGUAAACAUGGAGCACAGUGAUUCUCAAGGAAGCAAUGACACCAUCAAGAUCACUCCUCAGUUUGCACCUCAUUUCAAACCAAAGGGAGACCCACUGAGAACUUUACCUUUGUCCAGAGGGGGCAGUGUUGAGAGCCUGCCAGCAAGAACACAGUGCUUUACAUCCUCUGAAAGCAAACGAAUGAGUGCUGACCUGUCUGAGUUGGAGCCCACAGUGCAGUUUACACCUGCAGCACGCAGCCAGUAUAAGCCAGGCCAUCGCAAAACUGCAUCAUUCGGGACCAUUCUGGAUGUUCCCAAGAUCGUCGUCACAGCCACCUGUGAGGCUCAGAGACGCCGGUCUGUCCAGGAUCUACCAGCUAUUGGCACAGAGUCCAGUCAGGGGAGCAGGAGCAGCAGCCGCUCCUCCAGUCCCAGUGUGAGGCCACCUGACAAGACAAACAGCAGAAGCUACUUCCCCCAUGAUGACCCCACAGACACUAACGGCUCAGACAACUCCAUUCCCAUGGCUUAUCUGACCCUGGAUCACCAGCUGCAGCCUCUUGCUCCUUGUCCGAACUCCAAAGAGUCCAUGGCGGUGUUUGAGCAGCACUGCAAAAUGGCCCAAGAAUAUCUGAAAGUCCAAACUGAGAUCGCCCUGCUGAUUCAGCGGAAGACGGAGCUGAUUGCUGAACUGGACCAAGACGAGAAGGACCAGCAGAACACGUCCCGUCUGGUGCAGGAGCACAAGAAGCUGCUGGAGGAGAACAAGAGUCUGUCCACCUACUACCAGAAGUGCAAGAAGCAGCUGGAACUGAUCCGGGUGCAGCAGCAGAAGAGACAGGGCACAUCAUGAAGACACUACCCAGCAUCCUCUCUGCUUCACUGCAUCACACACACACAUACACGCCCGCGCACACACAUACAUGUCCCCAUCCAGCAUGUCCUGCAUGUUGCAUCAUAGACUCUAUAAGAAGACAAACCGCUGCAGCAUCUUCUGUGACCACGGCCCCAGCAGGAGGGGCGGGAGGCUGACUGACGGACUGACGGACUGACUGAGAAGCAGCUGCUGCUGCAGGACGGACAGGCUGAGGCCGCAGCAGUGGGAGCUUGUGUGGGUUUUUUGCGUUUGCACUCAGGACUCCAGGCUGCCUUGUGAGUGUGUGUUUGGAUCAUCAUGAAGCUCCUCAGAAUGUGAAACUGGGAUGGAGUUCAUUUAGCUAACCGUCUCCAGAACAAUCAGAAGCUAGCAGGGGGUUUGGAAUGUGCCCUGCUGUGUGCAUGGGAUCCUACUUAUGCAAAACACACCUGGUCUCCUGGAAACGAGCAGAAUCUCUCCAGCUGGUCCCCGUUCUCCUCCUGGACCCUUCUCCUGGUCACGCCUCACAGCAGCAGCUGGAGGUCCGGCUGCUGCUGCUCCUUCACCUCCUGCAGCUUCUGGAGCCAACACUAAGCUGUGGAUUCCCUGAUUGUUUGACCUCAGUAUUGUUGUGUGUGUAAUGUUUUGUAUUUUGUAUCCAGCAGUGGAUUUGGCGAAUUGGUUCUGUGGUAUCUUCCCGUUGGAGCGGAUCAGAACCAGUCUGGGAAGGCCCUUGCUGUCCAGGCUGCGUUUGAGCGCAGUCUGCUUGUAGUUCACAUGUUGCCUUAGAGAUUGCCUACAUUUAAGUGCUUGUUUUAUGGGACAGCUAUUACAGAGUAAAAAACGGAGCAGAUUUUAACAUUAAGGCUGAGGUGGGAAUGUUUUCUGGUGAGAAAGCAGAGGAAUGUGUGAAUCUGUUUCCUAACAGCUUUACAGGAACACUUGAUGUACUUUAUGCCUCACAUCCUCCAGAUAUGUUUGCACAGUCACUGAUUUUGCUCUGGCUACUCUGACAUUUUAUUUCCUUUUUUAGUAAGUGUUUUUAAAGUGGCCAGGCCCCUUCUGAGGUAGAUUCAUCCCACAUGUAACCUGCAGGUGUUUCCUACGUCCUGUGAAAAGGAGAUCUAGAAGGCAUUCUACAAUAAACUGAAUGGUGAACAGA